CUCCACUGCCACUCUCUGCCUACAAUUUCUCUCCCUUUUAUCUCUCUCUGCCAUUUGUUUCAAAACUAACUUCCAUAAUUCCUCUUAAUACAACACCUAAUCACUUCUAAAUCUCAUUUUAUCUACUCUUAAUCUCACAAUUAUCCAAGAAAGAUCACUUUUUUAACCUAUAGAGUCAUAAAAGAGCGAUCUUUAUUGUAUUUUCUUGAUUUGGGUUUAUACUUAAUAGCAAUCUUGGAUCACUUUUUAGUCUUGAAAGGACAAAAAGUGAUCUUUUUGGGUAUUUUCUUGUUCUUGGGUCUGUAGGAUUUUGGGGAUUUGAAGUGAAAAAAAAUGGUUGUUAAGUUGAUGAAGUGGAUGCCAUGGCCUCCACUUCUAUUAUCUAAGAAGUUUGAGGCCAAGAUUACUGUAAAUUGCCUUAAAGGUUUCAGCUUUUUGUCAGAAAAGCAUGUGGGGGUCCAAGAUUUUGAUAGAUUGAGAGUUGGAAUUAAGUGGAAGGGAUCAACAAAGGGGAUUUCUUUGAAUUUGAGCUCUUUUACUAGGAAAAGUGUAAAGAAGAAUUUUACAAAAGAAGAGUCUUUAAAGGAAGAUGAGGGGAUUGUUGAAUGGAAUGAGGAGUUUUUGAGUGUUUGUAACUUUUCAGGUUAUAAAGAUGGUGUAUUUCAUCCUUGGGAAGUUGUGUUUACUGUGUUCAAUGGUACAAGCAAAGGACCAGAUCAGAAGGUACCAGUACUUGCUGCUGCGACAUUGAACCUUGCAGACUUUGCUUCAUUAGCUGGAGAAAAAGAAGACGGCAUUGAAAUAUUCGUUCCUUUGGAAGCCUCUAUUGGCAAAUUCAAGAGUUGCCUUUCACUCUGUCUAUCGCUCAACCUUGUGGAAUUGAGGAACACUAACGAAGCUUCAGAGAACAUUCCAAAGUUUAUCAGGUCUGCUCCAGUAUCUCCAAAUACUGGAAAGGUUUUGUUGAUAGACAGAAAUGAGGGUUCUUCUUUAAAAGCAGGUCUGCAGAAAGUUAAAUUUUUCAAGGCAUUAUCUAUUAGGCGACACAAGAAGGCAUAUCAUGAAGAGGAAGGCAGCAGUGAUGGAAGGAACUCAGUCAGAAGUGAGGAUCCCAAUUAUGUUUACCCAGUGGAUACAGAUUCACUUGAUGAUGAUUCAGAAGAUGGAGAAUCGGAGGAAGGAAUGGAGGAUACAAGCGUUCAGAAGUCAUUCAGUUAUGAAACACUUGUCUAUGCAAACCAUGCUGGUGGAUCAUUUUGUUCAAACACAAGCAGCAGCGACGACGACGAGGAUUUAGUCCACUACAGCCAUCAUAUUUCAGACACAAGGCACAAGUACCCCGAGGAUACAACUGCAGCACUACAAAAUCAAUCUGCAGAGCAGAGUUCUAAACGCAGUAUUCUCCCCUGGAGAAAGAGGAAGUUGAGUUUCAGAUCUCCUAAAACCAAGGGGGAGCCGUUGUUGAAGAAACAUUAUGGAGAGGAUGGUGGAGAUGAUAUAGACUUUGAUCGUCGACAGCUUUGCUCAUCUGAUGAAUCUUCUUCAGGGUGGUACAAAUCUGAGGAAGCUUCUCCAAAUCGAUUUUCUAUCUCCGAGUUUGGAGAUGACAGUUUUGCUGUGGGUAGUUGGGAGCAGAAAGAGAUAAUAAGCCGUGAUGGACAAAUGAAGCUGAAGACUCAGAUAUUCUUUGCUUCGAUUGAUCAACGAAGUGAACGAGCUGCUGGUGAAAGCGCUUGUACAGCCUUGGUUGCUGUCAUAGCUGAUUGGUUCCACUGCAAUCCUGAGGAUAUGCCCAUCAAAUCCCAACUUGAUUGUCUUAUCCGGGAAGGCUCACUGCAGUGGAGGGAUCUUUGUGAAAAAGAGACCUACAUGGAAUGUUUCCCAGAUAAGCAUUUUGACCUCGAGACAGUCCUGGAGGCGAAAGUGCGUCCACUCUCAGUCGUCUCCGAAAAAUCAUUCAUUGGGUUCUUUCAUCCUGAAGGAAUCGAAGAAGAGGAGGGAUUUGACUUCCUUGAUGGUGCCAUGUCUUUUGACAACAUAUGGGACGAGAUAUGUAAAUCCGCUCAAGAAACUCCCGGUCAUGGCGACUCCUUUGUUUACAUUGUGAGUUGGAAUGAUCACUUCUUUAUCCUCAAGGUUGAAAAAGAUGCAUACUAUAUCAUCGACACACUGGGCGAGAGGCUUUUUGAGGGUUGUAACCAGGCAUAUAUCCUCAAGUUCGACAAAGACACAACAAUUAUGCGGGUACCUCGUGAGUCUCAACAAUCAGAUGAUAAGCCAUCUAGCGAUAGAAAAGAGAAAUCUGAUGUCAAAGAAGCUACUGAUGAAGGCAAAAUUGUCGUUUGUACCAAUGGCUCCGACAAAAUGCAGGAAGACAUGGUACCUGAAAUCAUUUACAGUGGUAAAGAGGCAUGUAAAGAGUACAUUAAGAGUUUUUUGGCAGCAAUCCCUAUUAGGGAGUUACAAGUUGAUGUAAAGAAAGGAUUGAUGGCAUCGACACCCCUUCAUCAACGGCUACAAAUUGAAUUCCAUUACACAACGAGCUUUGACCCGAAGUUUGAGUCAUCAUCUACACAAGGACUGACCGCUAACAGUUUGGCCAUACUACCGUCAGCAUCAGAGCAAAAUUUGAGGAGGGAAAAAUGGAUAUUCAAGAUAUUGAGUGUCCACUAAUAUCAAAAUCAAGAAAUGAAGAAUCCAAGAAUAAGAGAAAAUGUGAUGAUUUUCUUGAAGAAGUUAAGAAGAUUUUGGCAUUAGCAGGGCCUUUAAUGUCAGUUAAUUUUCUUCUAUAUUGCUUACAGGUGAUUUCAGUUAUGUUUGUUGGUCAUCUUGGAGAGUU